UACCACACUCGCUAUCAACUGUCUUCGGACAUCACAUUCUUUGAACAUCCAGUCACUCUUUCCUGGAUUAUCAACGUUUUCGCCUGGACCUUUUGAAUUCACCGUCAAAUACCCCUUCAGUUUUAAGAGCCAGGAUUUUUUGAACAUUCAUCAUGAUGAAGCUUACCGUUGCCUUCUUGGCUGCUCUCGCCGCCGCCGAUGCCGCUGAGGCUCGCAGCCACCGCCAGGCCCGUCGCCAAUACGGUGCCACCAACUCCUACGGUGGUGGAAACAGCUACGAGAGUGGCAACAACGGCUACGGCAGCGGAUACGGCGCCCAGCCCCCGGUUGUCGCCAGCUCUUCCGUCGUCGUCAGCUCCGCUGUUGUCAGCUCUGCUACUCCCGUAGAGACCCCCGAGGCCUCCACCUCAGCAACACCCGUCUCCUCGUCUGUUGCCACCCCGGUCGUCUCCUCGUCCGCUGAGGUCCCAUACAUCCAGUCCUCUUCCCCUGUCUUCGAGACCUCCAGCACCCCUGCCGAUGCUACCUACACUCCUAGCGUCCCCGCUGGCGGUGUCUCCAGCAGCAUGGCCAGCUACCCCGUUGGCGGUGGCUACGGAGCUCCCUCCUCCGCUGUCCCUGAGGCUGCCACCUCCAGCUCUGCUGUCGUUCCCACCAUGAGCUCUGCUGCUGCUUCCUCCGCCUACGGCACCGGCUACUCUGCCGUUGUCCCCUCCGGUGGUGUCUCCUCCUCGGUCCCCGUUGCCGCCUCUUCAUCGGUCCCUGCUGGCGCCAGCUCCAGCUCUGUUCCUGGUGUUAGCAUGAGCUCCGCUAUCCCCUCCGGCUCUUACCCCGUUGGUGGUGGAUACGGUGGCAAGCCAUCCUCUGCUGUCCCCGAGGCUGCCACCAGCAGCUCCGUCGUUCCCGGCGUCAGCAUGAGCUCUGCUAUCCCCUCCGGCUCUUACCCAGUCGGCGGCGGCUACGGAGGUGUCCCCUCCUCAGUCGUUCCUGAGGCUGCCACCAGCAGCAUGGCAGGAACUGGCUACCCUCUUUACCCCACUGGCACUGGUGCCGUCCCCAGCGGUGUCUCCUCCACCCCCAUCAGCGACAUGGUGACCUCCACCAUCUACAGCACCCAGAUCUUCACCAAGACUGCUUGCCCUCCUACCGUCACUGACUGCCCCGCCCACUCCACCGCGCUCGUCACCAGCGUUAUUGCAGUUGGCACCACCGUCUGCCCUGAGUCUGACCUCCCCAAGGCCACUCCCACCUCGGCCAUGACCAGCUCCUACCCCGUCUCUGAGGUCGUCCAGACCUACACCGAGACCCUCGUCUACACCGUCGGUGUUGGCUCGACUGCUCACCCAGUCACCACUGAGGUCACCUCCACCUCUACCUCCACCCAGUACUCCACUGUCGUCAUCACUGUCGGCAAGCCCACUCCUACUGGCGAGGGCUCCUACCCCACUGGCCCCGCCGGUGAGGAGGAUGUCACUUCCACCAUCAAGUCUACCUCCACCUCCACCAAGUACAUCACCGUCAAGCCCACUCCCACUGGUGAGGGUGAUGUCCCUGCUGACUCCGAGUCCAACCCCUCUGGACCCGCUGGUGGCAACGGUGCCUACCCCACUGGCCCUGCCGGUGGUGAGGCUAAGCCCUCCACUCCUGCUGGAAGCGAGGGUGGUGAGGACUGCGCUGCUCCCGUCACUGUCACCGUAACUGCCAAGGAGACCGUCACCGUUACCAAGGGUGGUGACUACCCUGCUGCUACCCCCAACGCUCCUGAGCCAACCCCCGAGGUUCCCUCUGAGCAGACUGCCUCCUCCAGCAUGCCCGCCGUCCCCACUGCCAUGUACCCCCCGUUCCCGCCACCUCUGUCCUCCCCAGCUUCUCUUUCGUCUCUGAGGUCGCCACCCCCACCGGCGAGACUGCUAUCCCCUCCUCCACCGUCCCCGCCAGUGCUGAGUCCAGCGCUGCCUACCCCGUUGGUGGCGGCUACGGCGGUGCUUCCAGCUCUGCUGCCGUCUCCACCCAGACUCCUGAGGCUUCCACCGUUGCCUCUUCCUCCGCCGCCCCCACCCCUACCCCUGACAACAGCUACGGCUCUGGCAGCGGUUACGGCUCCGGCUACGGCACCUACUAAGCGCUAAAGUGCAUCUCUUGUAUAUGAGCUUUGCGUUUUCUUAGUGUCGUUUGUUGGUAGGAUCGCUUGAUCCGCAUUCUCGCAUGUCUUGUCUGUCUACUUUAUCAAGUUCCCUCGGGCAGGGGCAAAGCGUUGGGUGGUUUCCUUUGUGAUGGAUUGUUCACGUAAAAGGCGGGACUAGACAGUUCAUAUCAUGUACAUUCGACAAUAUAUUGACUGUCUUCUUCCACAUCACCCUUCGGAUUCCCCAGGCUCGUCGGACUCUGGUACAUCGACGUGUUCAAGCUGCAAUGUUUGAUGAGACUCGACUUGUUCUUAGACUUUUCCUUUGUUGCGGUUGUUAAAUGACCAGGCGUUAUCUAGCUUUCUUGAAUUUACUCUUUGCGACUGAAUCUUGUCUCCAAUCUCAAUCGUGAUGCUUUUUACUGAGUUUUAG